AAGCUUUGAAGCGAGUUUGGGGAGCUCGGCAGCAUCAUGCUUAGACUUUUCAAAGAGACAAACUCCAUUUUCUUAUGAAUGGAAAGUGAAAACCCCUGUUCCGCUUAAAUUGGGUUCCUUCCUGUCCUGAGAAACACAGAGACCCCCAAAAGGGAAGCAGAGGAGAGAAAGACCCACACCCAGACCCAGCGAGAAGAGAUGACCAUGACCACCAUGCCAGAAAGUCUCAACAGCCCAGUGUCGGGCAAGGCAGUGUUUAUGGAGUUUGGGCCGCCCAACCAGCAAAUGUCUCCUUCUCCCAUGUCCCACGGGCAUUACUCCAUGCACUGUUUACACUCGGCGGGCCACUCGCAGCCCGACAGCGCCUACAGCUCAGCCUCGUCCUUCUCCCGACCGCUGGGUUACCCCUACGUCAACUCGGUCAGCAGCCACGCGUCCAGUCCCUACAUCAGUUCCGUGCAGUCCUACCCGGGCAGCGCCAGCCUCGCCCAGAGCCGCCUGGAGGACCCAGGGGCGGACUCCGAGAAGAGUACGGUGGUAGAAGGCGGCGAAGUGCGCUUCAAUGGCAAGGGGAAAAAGAUUCGCAAACCCAGGACGAUUUAUUCCAGUUUGCAGUUGCAGGCUUUGAACAGGAGGUUCCAGCAAACUCAAUACCUGGCUUUGCCCGAGAGGGCGGAGCUCGCAGCUUCCUUGGGACUCACGCAGACGCAGGUCAAGAUUUGGUUCCAGAACAAGCGCUCCAAGUUCAAGAAGCUGAUGAAGCAGGGCGGGGCAGCUCUGGAGGGUAGCGCGUUAGCCAACGGCCGGGCUCUGUCUGCCGGCUCUCCACCGGUUCCUUCUGGCUGGAAUCCCAACUCAUCCGGGAAAGGGUCGGGCGGCAGCGCGGGCUCCUAUAUCCCCAGCUACACGUCGUGGUACCCCUCGGCGCACCAAGAAGCUAUGCAGCAACCCCAACUCAUGUGAGGUUGCCCGCCCGCACCCGCCCACCUCCUUCCCAUCUCCCCUGGCCCGGGCCCCUUCCGUCUCCCGGUCCAUCCACCCUGUCCGCAUGCCCUGGGUCCAAAGGAGAUGGGCCCAGAGGGAAGGAAAAAGGGACAGUAAAGGCAGGACGCCCGCCGCCUCCUC